AGUCCGCAUGCGCGCUGAGAGCGCCCCUCCCGUCCACGCAUGCUCAGUCUGGCGCGGCGCAUGCGCAGGGCCGGCGGCGCGGACUAGGGCUGGCUCCGCUGUGCGCUGCCGCCGCCUCUUCUUCCUCCCCGGGGCGCUUCCGGGACGCCGAGGCCAGUUCCGGAAGAGCCGACCGCGGCUUCUUCUGCCUCCCUCCCGCUCCCGGACCUUCCGGCGCCACCGCCUCGGCCGGUGCCUACGGAGGGCCUUCCCCGCCCACGCCGCGCGCCUGUCACUCAGAGCGGCGCCGCGCCCGGGAGCCAAUCAGCAGCCGCCGCAAGCGACCAUGUCGGAGUCCGGGCACAGCCAGCCUGGGCUCUACGGGGCGGAGCGGCGGCGCCGGUGGAAGGAACCUGGCGCCAGUGGCCCUCAGAACCUCUCUGGGCCUGGCGGUCGGGAGAGAGACUACAUUGCGCCCUGGGAGAGAGAGAGACGGGACGGCAGCGAGGACCCCAGCACUAACGUCAUGCAGAAGACCCCCAUCAUCCUCUCGAAGCCUCCAGCUGAGCGGUCAAAGCAGCCGCCGCCGAGCACCGCCCCGGCCCCUCCGCCGGCCCCGGCCACGCUGGAGAAGCCCAUUGUGCUCAUGAAGCCUCGAGAGGAAGGCAAGGGGCCUGCGGCUGGCACAGGGUCCACCACCCCUGAGGGCACCACCCCAUCGCCCCCCACGGCCGCCACGCCUCCCAAAGGAGAGAAGGAGGGACAGAGGCCCACGCAGCCUGUGUACCAGAUUCAGAACCGGGGCAUGGGCACUGCCACGCCAACCGCCAUGGACCCUGUGGUGGGCCAGGCCAAGCUCCUGCCCCCGGAGCGCAUGAAGCACAGCAUCAAGCUGGUGGACGACCAGAUGAACUGGUGUGACAGCGCUAUUGAGUACCUGCUGGAUCAGACUGACGUGCUGGUGGUCGGUGUCCUGGGCCUCCAGGGGACAGGCAAGUCCAUGGUCAUGUCGCUGCUGUCAGCAAACACGCCAGAGGAAGACCAGAG